AUGCGAUAUAAAUCCAUUAGCGCGCCGAGAGUAUUUAGAAAUAGUUUUACAUUAUGCAAAUUGCAUGGCUCGGCGAAGGAGGAGAGGGGGGAGGGGGGGGUGGAAAACACGCACUUUCCCGCAUUCCACUACAUUACGCCCGCCGAACCGUUUUGGAUCUCUUUAAUUGCCCUGCUCCCGCUUCCAAUCGAAUACGAUUCCUCUGCUUCUAGCGCUUCGCUCUUUUCGAGCGCAAUUACUUAUGCUUAUACAAGUUCCAGCAGGACAGCAUCACAACGAUGUUUGCUCCUUUUGUUUCCUGCAGACCGAAGCGAAGGAUCCGAACAAUUCCAGGCCGCCGCCAAUUUUCCGCUAAUAACUUUCCUCCACCUUGCAGGACGCCUUGUUGCAGGACAUUCCUGCCGCCGUCACGUUCGACUGGAAUGCCCUGCAAUCGUUGCGGUAUCACUUUACAUCUGUAAUGCCGGCAGCAGGAGAGGCGGCGUCGGCAGGACGCAGGUGCGAGUAUAUAAAGUAAAAUUGCAGGAAAUUUCAUCAGAUUGCAGCAAAAUGUCGUCGGCAUUGUUCAAAAACUACUUCGAUCUAACAAUGAAAAACGUUUAUUUAUCAGGUUUGUGGUUCAAACACUAUCAAAAGUCGAAACACAAAAUAUACUGGGCGAUACACUGCCCCAUCGUCAUAUCCUGUGCAAUAUACAUGACGUAUUUCGAAAUAAAGAGCGUCGCUCAAUCAAGGGAGCUAACAGAGCUUAUCAAACACUCCAGAGACCACUUGAAUCACGUGGCGGGUACUGCAAAGUUGGUCGCCUUUAUUUUCAUGCGAAAGCAGUUCUACGAAAUAUUCAGGAUUUUGAAGAGCUACGAUUUCAGCUACGAGGACUACCCAGGAUUCGAUUGCACGAAAAUUGUAAAGAAUCAGUUGAAAACCUGCCACAACUGGAUCAAAUUGUUCUAUACUUUGAUGUAUAUCAUUGCUGUUUCCAUUUGGAUUGGAGAGCAUUACAAAAUUUUCACCACUUACUCGGUUGUCCAUGAUUUUGGGACUGUUUGGAAGAUGGUGGUUGUCUUGAAUUUCUCUGUGAUUGGGCUUAUUAGUCUUGGUUGGAUCACAUUAGGUUUCGACGUCAUUUUCACUACGAUGUGCAGCUGCAUAACAGCCCAUAUAAAAAUCCUGCAGGGCGCAUUCAGAACCAUUCGGCCGAGAUGUCUGAUGCGCCUGAACCUCUCGAACCAAAAUUACCUCCACGAUCCCGAGGAAUUGCAGAAAGAAACCAUGGAAGAAAUGAAGAGAUGCAUCAAACAUCUACAGGCGAUCAUAGAAGCCAGCGAAAAAGUCGAAUACGUUUACAACAAGCAGGCCCUGGUGCAAACUAUGAUAUCGCUUCUGGAGAUUUGUUUUUCUCUGUAUUUAAGUUCUAUUGGAGAUGAGGAUAUAGCAAUGAAUGUAUCUUACUUACUAGCAACUCUUUUUCAACUUUUGAUAUACUGCUGGCAUGGAAAUGAGUUAACUUUAGCUCUAGGCUUGCCCAUUGGUAUUCUGGAGACGGCCGCUGGGGGCAGUGGCGGCCACUCCGUUCGUCUUUUGUUAUUUGGCGGGCGGCCGUGCGUGAUGCCGCCUCCGCCGCGCCGUCGACCCCUCGAUUCCGCCAGGAUUCAAAUAUUUGACCUUUUAGGCGAUCGCAGAUGCAUUUCGGGAGCGGAUGUUCGCUCGAAGAAAUCUGUUAAUGAAAAGAGCUCUUCUUUGUUUUGGGCUGUUUAUUUUGCGGAAAAUGUACUUAAUUUACAUUAUAUACAGAGUGGCGUUGAGGAACCUCUUAGAAUUGAAAUUAGGCGUUUAUAUAUAAACAAUCACAAGUUUCUGACAAUACCACAAUACACCUAA